CGCUCGGCGCGCGGCCAGCGCGGCUCCGCUCCCCGCUCCUCCUCCCGCCGGGCCCGCAGGGGACAGCGACACUCGCCAGGCGCCUCCGUCCCGGCGCUGCCCCGCGCCCCCGCCGCUCGAUAAGCAGUUUGUGAGGACUGAAGUACCUGCCCAGGGAACACCUGCUUGUGAGGUGCAGAGGUGCUCAGGCAUGGCUGACCUGGACCACAACCUCAGCCUGGCCGAUGCUCUCACAGAGCCGCCCCACGACAUCGAGGAGGAGGUGAAAAGGGACUUCAUUGCCACGCUGGAGGCCGAGAAGUUCGAUGAUGUGGUUGGAGAGACAGUAGAUAAGACAGACUAUGUGCCACUGCUGGAUGACGACAACGAUGCGAAACCUGGGAGCCAGGAGCCCAAAGGCAAAGGCCACGCGGACGGAAUUCCCGUGGAGCAUUCUUCAGCUUCUGGGCCGAUGGUGGUGGAGAACGGAGACCACGGACUGCAGGACCAUCGCACAGUAUUCCCAGGAGAAAUCAUGGAUGAGGAGAUGUCCUACAAAGAGUUCCUGGAUCGCAACGACUCCUGGUCAGCAGAGGAGAGGGACCUGUGCUUCAAACCCAUGGACAUGGCUGACCCCUUCAGCAUCCACAGAGGGGAGAACCUGCCGGAUUUGUCCUUCCCUACGGACAUGAAGAACGUGCCGCUGUUCCCGGGCCACGCCGAUGCUUCCAGGGACAUCCUUGCUCCACAUGGAUCCAUGAUGGGACCUGAACAGCCUUUCCUGGGGUCCCUGUAUUCCCCUGCAGAGGCUCUGGACCCAUCAGCCUUCAUUGGCCUGGAGUCAGGCACAGAAUUCCUGCCAGGAAAAGCAGCACCUGAAGAAUACUGGAUGGGAGCUCAGCAGCACAUGAAGGGACCAGAUACCUCUUUCUUUGUUGAGCCACCAGUGCCCCCCGCAGCCACAGAAGCCAUAAGGACGAGCCUGCCCGAGAGCCCGACGGCAGCAGCGCCUGCCAGCGCUCCUGCUGCAGCCACAGCGUCGCCAGCAGAGGCUGCAGCCACCGAUGGACCAAAGGGGGCAGCGCCAGGUGCAGCCUCUGUUCCCGCUCCCGACGCCGCGUCCCUUCCCACAGAAAAGGCCGGGGCUGUCCACGCUGGAGACACCAAACCUCCCCAAGCUCCAGAGGCUGGAGUUGCUCCUUCAGCAGCAGCCAACCCUUUCCAGGCCAGGGAUGUGGGGUUUUCUCCUGCACCUGAAGCCAGCCCUCCCAAAGGUGUCAAUGACGUGUCCGCCCCGGGGACAGAGCUCGGCUUUGCCCCGGCAGCAGAUGCUGGAUCCCACCACGGGGUGGAUUUGGGGUUUGCUCCAGCAGCAGAUAUGGAAUCCCACCAUGCCAUGGACUUGGGGUUUGCUCCAGCAGCAGAUAUGGAAUCCCACCAGACCAUGGAUUUGGGGUUUGCCCCAGCAGCAGAUAUGGAAUCCCACCAGACCAUGGAUUUGGGGUUUGCUCCAGCAGCAGAUAUGGAAUCCCACCAGACCAUGGAUUUGGGGUUUGCUCCAGCAGCAGGUGUGGAAUCCCACCAUGCCAUGGAUUUGGGGUUUGCCCCAGCAGCAGAUAUGGAAUCCAACCAUGCCAUGGGUUUGGGGUUUGCCCCAGCAGCAGAUAUGGAAUCCCACCAUGCCAUGGAUUUGGGGUUUGCCCCAGCAGCAGAUGCAGAACCUCACCACACCUUGGAUUUGGGAUUUGCUCCAGCAGCGGAUGACAAAGCUCAGCACAUUAUGGGCUCUGAGUUUGGCCCAGCAGCAGAUGCAGAGUUUGCCCCAGCACCAGAAGUCAACCAUCACCAUGCUCUGGAUUCUGAGUUUGCUCCUGUGGCUCCAGCCAAGCCUCUCCCUGCUGUGGAUCCCGGGAAUGUGUCAGUGGAAGCUCAGCCUGUCCCUGCAGCUGCCCCCAGGAUUGCUGUGUCUGAGGAGCUGCUGAUGUCUGAGGCUGCCCUUCAGCAAGACAAGUCCCCUGCAGAAGCAACAGCAAAGGUGGAAGCAGAAUCCAAAGUCCCAGAAGUUUGUGUGGAUCACUCAGAGAAGACGAAGGACAGGAAACCUCCCCCCAGCCCCCCGGACGAGCACCUUCCUGGGAAAACCAACCACCACCUGGAGCCAGCAGCUGAAGCAAAAGGAGCACUAGAAAAUAAAGACCUUCCAGAAAAAUCUGCUCCUGCUGAGGAUGGGGAGACACAAAAGGAGGAAGCUGAGCACAACCACGUCCCACAUGCGGAACCUCAGGAAGGGAAAACCCCGCAGGAGCCCACAGCCAAACCAGAGGAGCCCAAAGCAGCCGAGGCCGUGACUGGGAACGACAUCACAGCUCCUCCCAACAAGGAGCUCCCUCCCAGCCCGGAGAAGAAGACCAAGCCUGCUGCAUCCACCUCCUCUCCAAAGCCGGCAGCAGCGAAAGCCAAGCCCUCGGCCACCACCAGCCCCAAGCGGCCGAGCUCGGCCACCCCGGGCACAAACAAAAAGCCCACGAGCCCAACUGCAGGUCCUGCUCCUGGCAGCGCUGCCAAACGCCCCGGCACCAGCAGCACCCGUCCCUCCACCUUAACUCCAAAAGAGACUAAACCAAAGGUUGCAGAUGCGAAGCCCACGGAGAAGAGAACCUCCCUCUCCAAGCCUCCAGCCUCCACCACUCCUAAAACUCCUUCCAGGAGCUCCUCUGCUACUCCCAGGACCACGGCACCAUCGCCGGUGACGGCAGCGGCUGCUGCCAAAACCACGGCGGCGUCUCCUCCCAAGAGGCCGACGUCGAUCAAGACGGACGCGAAGCCGGCAGAUGCCAAGAAAACCUCUGCAAAGUCUCCCUCAGCAGAUUCCAGCCGCCCCAAGAGCGCUAUGGGCAAUGCCACCAAGAGCAGUGCCACCACUCCUUCCACCACGGCCUCCAGCGCUCCCAGCGUGCCCGGGGUGGCCUCCAGCCGGCCCAAGCCCAAAGCUGCCGCGCCCAAAGCCGCCACGGCCUCCACGGUGUCGGCGGACGCCAAGAAAGCCACGGCCAAGGCUGCCAGCAAAGCCAGCGGCGCCUCCAAACCGCCCCGCCCGGCCAGCAGCGCCUCCGCCCCCGACCUGAAGAACGUGCGCUCCAAGAUCGGCUCCACCGACAACAUCAAGCACCAGCCCGGGGGAGGGAAGGGGAAAAUAGAGAAAAGGCCAGACUCAGCCGCCGCCGCGCCCAGGUCUGAACCCAGCGCGGGCACUAAAGUGGCUCCUAAAGCAGCCGCAGCAAAAGAGGGGGUCCCCAAACAGCCCAAUGGGAAAGUCCAGAUAGUCUCCAAAAAAGCGAACUACAGCCAUGUUCAGUCCAAGUGUGGUUCCAAGGACAAUAUUAAGCAUGUCCCUGGAGGUGGGAAUGUGCAGAUCCAGAACAAGAAAGUCGACCUUUCCAAAGUGUCCUCCAAGUGUGGAUCUAAAGCAAACAUCAAGCAUAAGCCAGGGGGAGGAGAUGUCAAAAUCGAGAACCAGAAGCUGAACUUCAAGGAGAAGGCCCAGGCCAAAGUGGGAUCUCUGGACAACGUGGGACACUCGCCGGCCGGAGGAGCCGUCAAGAUUGAGUCUCACAAGCUGACGUUCCGUGCGAAGGCCAAGGCUCGAACAGACCACGGAGCAGAAAUUGUCGUUUCCAAACCCCCCACCCUUUCCAGCAGCACCUGCCCCCGGCGUAGCACCUCCGCCAGCGACAGCCUGGGCUCCGUCGCCUCCCCGUCACCGCUGCCGGCGCCCCUGGCCGCGCCCUCCCAGCAAGGCUUGUGACCCCCAGCCCCGCUCCACACGCCCCGGGGACCCCAGCUUGGCUCUCUUAACGCGGCUCUGGCUUUAGGUGGGAAGGGGACGGUGUUCCAUGGGCUGGGCCUCUCUGGAGCUCGGAGCGUCCCGGGGACCCGGCCCCGCCCGGGCUGGGGGUCCCUCGGCGGCUGGAAAGGGGCUCCCCUCCCUCUCCGUGCCCGUCCCGUUGGCCUGGGGUGACUCUCGAGUGUUGAUGUCGCGUCGGGGCCGGGCCCGCGCGGCUCCCGGGCUGUGCCAGCGGCGGGGACAGAGCAGAGCCCCGCGGGGUGCGGGCUGAGGCCAGGCCGAGUUAACAGGGAUAAGCUGUGAUCUUUCUUUCUGUCUCUUUUUUGAACCCCUUCCCUCCUCGCCGCUUCAGUUUCUGCCGCCUGUGGGAUGCUGAUAAAUCCCCUCCACACUCGUUAGGCUGUUUUAACUGUUGACUUGAACCUUUUAUUCUUUGUGACGAAGUGUUGAUGAUUUAUGGUGUUACGAACCCGUGCUAAGUUUCCUUUUCUCUUUCCUUCUUUUCUGACCCGUAGGAGAGUAGGGACAUUUAACCGCUGCUGCCGUGUUGGCUUCUUACUGACAUAUCCAGCCAUUGUAACUUCUUUGUUGUUGUUUGGGUUUUUUUUUUAAUAUUUUAAAACGAUGGAGCGAGUUCAUGGGAUUAAGCCAUGUCUGGAAUGAAAGGCACAGGAAUGUGUAAAGGGCAAACUUUGAGCUGUGAGAGCUCAGGUGGAGCCUGUGUUGACCUCGAGAUGUGUUAAUUGACGCUCGUGAGCCCUCCCCGGGGUGCCUUCUGCAAAGGUGGUUUAUUUAUAACGGCACGGCCGAGCCCUGGGAUUUCUCCCGUUUUUCCAGGGCCGAGGCUGAGGGAGGCAGGAGGCGGCCGUGGCGGGGCAGGAGGGCGCAGGCCGGGAGUUCCGAGGCUGCAGCAGGUCCGUGGGUGCGUGGGGGGUGCGUGGGGUGUGUGUGGUUUUAGUGGGGUGAUGGAUGGGGGACCCGAGCGUCGGGAUGAGCAGGGCCGCGGAGGCAGCAGGGAGAAGGGAAGGGAGCGCUCAUCCCGGGAUGGGGCCGGGAGCCCUCGGCCGGGCAGCAGGGCGGGGUUGGUGCCAGGGAGUUGCAGCUCUGACUAGGAAGGAGAUUUAACCACUCUUGGAGCUCCUCGUUUCAAAUGACACUAAAGAAACGAAAUGUAAAUAAAUUAAAAGAAAAGAAAAGUGUUCUUGGGUGGUCAAACUAAUUUAAAGCAAAAAAAAAAAAAAGAGCAGAGUAACAAAACACUGGGAUCAAAGAGAACUGAACCAGGCGUGUGCUAAGGGGGGCUGCUCCAGGAGGGGACAGAGGGAAGCCUGCAGCUUCUCGUGCUUGUGGGAAUAUUUCUUUGGGAAGCCGACAAUGACACGAUAACCCGGAAUCUGUAUUUACACACAAAGAUUCUUAUUGCACUUGUAUUUUUUAUAUUAAAGUUUGCAUGAUUUCUAAUAAAAUGGCAUUAAAAUGUACUAGUUUGCAUCAAAGUCGUCUGGUAGUUUCAUAAGUGCUUUUUCAUCUGAAUACAAAUUUAAACGAGUGAUGCAGAUUUGCACCUGAAAGGGGCGGUUAUAUAUACCCAGAGACCUCUCAGUGCUUCCCUUCCUCUUCUUCCUCCUCUUCUUCCUCCUCCUCCUCCUCCUCCUCCUCCUCCUCCUCCUCCUCCUCCUCCUCCUCCCCACCUCUCCGCUCCCUUCCACAUCCCUGUGACCCCAGCCGGGGAGCGCGGCCAUGCCGUCGCUCCCUGCCCUCCCUGUGUGUCCCUGUGUGUCCCCGGCAUUCCCUGGAGCAGCCACCGCCACCCGGCCCUCGCUCGGAGGGAGGAGCUGGAGCCGGGCCCAUUCCCCGGAGCCCCUGUUCGUUCCCUGUAUCCCGGUAUAUAUCACUGCCCUCCCGUGACGCUUCCUUCUUUCUUUACUGCUAAAUUCUACACACCAGCUUCAGCUUGGCAGCCUUGGCUUUGGUCUGGUUGAUUUUUCCAACACUUGAAUUGAGGGAAAAUUUGAAGGAGAGGAGAGGAGCAGGAUGAGCCCCUCAGCAGGACGGUGAGCCUGAGGCCUGGUUCCCAGCCUGGAGCCUGGUUCUGGGCCUGGAGCCUGGUUCCCUUCUUGGAGCCUGGUUCCCAGCCUGGAGCCUGGUUCCCUUCUUGGAGCCUGGUUCCCUGCCUGGAGCCUGGUUCCCUUCUUGGAGCCUGGUUCCCAGCCUGGAGCCUGGUUCCCUUCUUGGAGCCUGGUUCCCAGCCUGGAGCCUUGUUCCCGGCAUAGAGCCUGGUUCCCAGCCUGGAGCCUGGUUCCCUUCUUGGAGCCUGGUUCCCUUCUUGGAGCCUGGUUCCCAGCCUGGAGCCUGGUUCCCUUCUUGGAGCCUGGUUCCCUUCUUGGAGCCUGGUUCCCAGCCUGGAGCCUGGUUCCCUUCUUGGAGCCUGGUUCCCUUCUUGGAGCCUGGUUCCCAGCCUGGAGCCUUGUUCCCGGCAUAGAGCCUGGUUCCCUUCUUGGAGCCUGGUUCCCAGCCUGGAGCCUGGUUCCCGGCAUGGAGCCUGGUUCCCAGCCUGGAGCCUGUUUCCCUGCCUGGAGCCUGGUUCCUGGGCCUGUGACCAGCCACAGGGUCUUGGCACGGGCUGGAGCCGAGCUCCGGGCUCACGGGCCAGGCAGGGGCGCUGGGAGCAGGGUUUGUGCCGAUGGGCAGCAGCUGGAGAUGUUCGCAGGCAACCAAAGAGGAGGUGGAGGCUGAGAUGUCAUGUUACUCUCGCUGCCUUCCCUGGGGCACCCCAGGCCUGUGGUGGCCUGGAAUGCCCCAGGAUGAGAUUCCCUGGGUGCCCUGGGAUGAGAUUCCCGGGGUGCCCCGGGCAAAGGGAGGCAGCCAGGUCCCAGUUCAGGGACUGCAGGAGGAAGGCAAGUGGCAACAUUGCACUUUUAUCUUCUGAGAUUGCAAAAAGCAAACAAGCCCUGCCCCGCUGCAAAGGGACAGUGGUGUCACCUUCUCCCUGCAUUGCUUUUAUCCGAUUUCUGAUUUCCUGAGCGCUGGGCGGCCCUGGCCGGGCCGUGGUGGCUGCAUGCGGUGCCCAGGCCUGUCCCUGCCCAAACCCCAGCCCAGCUGAGCCCCCGGCCUGUGCUUCUGUGCCACUUCUCUAACACUUGUUGUGCCUGUGUUUAGCUGACAAACUAAAUCCAGAUACACUAGAUUGCCGUGGUGUUUCUAGGACAGCUUCAGUUUUAAUAAGGAUUUCUUUUUUAACUUUAUUUUGAGGAAGCGGCUGUACAUAUUGCUAGCCUGGGAAGGAGCCGUGUGUGGUGGGAAUGACUUUAGUUUCCUGUCUGGGGAGGUGGGAUGAGCUGGGCAGUGCUGAGACCUUAAACGCUGCUGGGGGGCCGCGCGUGGGAAGGGCCUGCGGGCACCGCUGGCUCCAUCGAGGGCUGGAGGCAGCAAAUCCCGGGAAGAACAGGAGUUGUGCUCCGACUGAGAUGCAAGUUGAAUGUACACGUUCCUGUCCUGAGCUGGCGCCGGGGGUCUUGGCUUUGGCUGCGCUGGGGGGCUCUGGGCUGGGCAGGGGCUGCGCGGGGCCAGGCGGGCGCUGCCGGCUCGCUCCGGGCAGGAUGCUCAGCAAAGGCCUUUGCAGAGCUCGGGACGAGCCUUUGGAGGGGCCGAGCUGCCGGAGGGGAGGCGAGGGAGCGGCGCGGGCCGGGGCAGGGCUGGGCGGGAGCUCCACCCCGGCCGGCAGCAGCCGCGGCCCGGCGUCUCCCGGCAUAUCAGUGGCAUAUACAGUUACUUUGGGCUUUUUAUACUGUUAACAAGUACAUUCAAGUAACCGAGUUUGUGUGCUCGAGGCCGCGGCUGCCCCAGCGCGUGGCUCCCGGUCGGCUCCCGGCCGCAAACUGAAUGUAGUUUUUCUACGCUGCCCCUCGCGUUGUCCCCGCGUAGUGUCGGUGUGUGAGAGGGGCCCCGGGACCCUCGUGUGUUCGUGUUUAGGCAGAAUUUCUAGUUUUCUUGGAGCUUGAUGUCGGUGGCGUCCUCGGGGUGACAGGGCUCCCCUGAGGGCAGGGCCGAGUCCCUGCGGAGCCGCGGCCGCCGUCGGUGCCGGCCCUGCCGAGGCCGAGUGGCCGUGGCUGGGGGGCCCAGCAGCCUCCAGGCUCGGGAUAAAUGUCACCCCAAGGCCGAGUGGCCGUGGCUGGGGGGCCCAGCAGCCUCCAGGCUCGGGAGAAGUGUCCCCCCAAGGCCGCGUGGCCCGCGGAGCCGGCGGGUAGGGGGCAAGCGGCCCCGGGAGGCAGCAGCACGGAAAGGGCUCUGAAGGGCUCCGGCUCUCCUCCCUUCCUCCCUCCCUCCCCACCCGAGCUCCAGCCCAGGCAGCGUUCGCCUUCCGCCCUCCUCGCACGGGUCCCGCCGGCCGAAAUCACCCACGAGGCUCCACCGCGCCCGUCGUGCCCAUCCCACCGCAGCGUUCGGCAUCGCCCGCAGCUCCCGCUGUCCCGUAACGCAGAACACCGAGUCAGGAGCGAGGGGAGUGACCGCGGGGUGCGGGGCGGUGCGGCCGGGGAGGAGGGCUCGGGGCGCAGCAGCCCGGAGGCUGAUCCCGGCUCUUGGCUCCCUCCGUGGUCUCGGGAAGCCACUCAACCUCUCUGCCUCAGUUUCCCCAUCUGCAAAGGUGGGGGGGAUUCAAUUUUACCUCACCGGGCUGUUGUGAGGCGUGAGCAGCGCGUGACGUGUUCUCUAAAUGUGACGUAUUAUUAUUAUUUUGUGUCAUAGGAUUAUUCUGCAGGGGGUGCCCGAGGAGGGGGAGACUCCGCUGUCCCUGCGCCGUGGUGGGGGAGGCGAGGGCUGGAGAGGGGAGGUCUGUGCUUGGUGUGAGACAACAGCUCUGGGGGGGCCGGGGCAGAGCCCCCGGCCCGGGGGGAACCCACCGGUUGCUUCUGCCUUUGUGUCUCCCCUCCCCGGGGGCUGUAAGAGCGUCGUCUCCUUAGCAACAUUUCCUGACUUGAUGUUGUGAUUUUACUAUUGUAAAGGGUUGAAAUAAAGCUUCUAGAUGUUC